AGCCCAAGAGCCAAAUCCUUAUCUCCCCCAUGGGCCAAGUGUCUGAAAUGUAACUUGUCAGCAGUGGACAAUCAAUAUUUGUAUCCUUGUUUUUCAGAAGAGCUCAGAAGGGGUGUUUUAACCUCGCAACAGCCGUGUGACGUAGAUUAGCCAAGAGAGUGUCACUUGCCCAGGGCCACCCUUUCUGACUGGCAGCUUAACAGGAGUCUGAUUUGGGGUUUUCCUGAUCCAAGUUUGGUGCUAGCUACUACAGUAACUGCUACCAUCUGUCAUGGGAUCUCUUGGACCUUGUGAGCUGAGCAAGUGAUGGAAGAAAUCUGCUCCCAAUAAACCCUUGCUCAGAAUAAAGAGGCAGUCUGUGUGUUCAGGUAGCUCCUUAUCAGGUGCAUUUCUGCAGGCUUGUUUACCCAGUCAUGGAUCAGAUACUGUCUCCAGUUAAUUGGGGGAACAAAUCCUGCCUGCACCAGUAAGGCCUCCCAGGAUGUUCCAGUCAUGUACCUUACUGAGUGCUGUGUAUUGUAGCUCUUUCACAAGGUCACUGGGUUUCUCUACAAAACUGAUUUCUAUCCACCAGUAGAACUGAGGCUGAUACUGAUUGUCCCAUGAUAUAUAUGAGAUGGAUGACUCAAAAUUGUGUUUGUCUAGGUCUGUAGUAAAAGCGAGUCUAGUCUUGUCAGGAGUUGAUUGUCUUCCAGCUCAUUUUAACCUCUUUUACCCCUUGGACAUGCCAACCAAAAGAGAGAUUUGUUGCAGGGGUUGUGUCUCAUGAUAAUAACUAAUCAUGGAAGAAAUAGAAAAGCACUCUCAAAAUGUUUCACAAAAUUGACAAACCCUCCGAUGCAAAAAGCAGAUCUGUAGCUCUUGGCCCCUUCUGGCAAGCUGACACUGUUGUGUAUAAUAACUAGCUUGGAACCACUUCAAAGGAGGAGAGGAUCUCUCAGCAAGGAAGCAACCAAAGGAGAACCCAGGGAAACUGAAGAUGAAACCAUUUGUAAACCUGGCAAUAGUCCCUAAGGCAUGUGGCACAAUUGCAAAUUCUUCAUGAGGGGGAGGGAGAAUUAUUUGGCUUUGAAAUGUUUGCCGUUGGAGUUGCCUCUCUACAAAUGGUGAGGGCUAGAAACUUGCUGCUUUAAACAAGAUGAGAACUAGAAUUCUCAGGGUCUAAUGAACCCUGGGGCAAAAGAGCCCUGGCGGGGAGGAGCUGUGAUUCUUACUGGGUAUCUACAAAUUGCCAUUUGCUGGAAACCUCCAGCUGCAAGGUUGGAGGGGGAAGAGAUGUGAUUGACUCUGGCAGCGCAAAAGAAUGCUCUCAAUACGAAGCACCAAACAAGGCCUGAAAGCUAGCCAAGAAGCAGCUUUCUCUUGCCAGCGAAAACAUUAACUAAUCCCAGCAACAUUUUAAAGAAAAUGCUCAACUUCUGGUAACGGAACAAACCUGCUGGAUGAAUAAAUAUAUUGUUCUUUGCCUCUUACAACUCUGGCUGGGGAUAAAAAGACUUGUGGAAAUAAGACUCCGGAAGCAUCGUUGUUGAGUUCAGGAAGCGGACUGCUUGUAGGCAGUGGGAGGAGAGGGGCCUGGCUAUGCACAAGGUGGUCCUGUCUAGUAUUACCCCAAAGUUCUGGUCAUUCAGACUCCCUGCUGUACUACUGCAUUUCCCCAAAUCUCCCAAUAUCCUCUCUUUAAAAGAUGCUGCUUGCAUUGGCCACGAAGAUUUGAAUGAAAAAUUCUGCUUGAGCAUCACUGCUUGUUCUUACGAAUAUGACUUAAACAAACCUAAGGGCAAGUGGACCAGCAAGGCGUUGUGGAUUCACUGGCAUCUUCAGCUAUCCCACCUCAAGAGCAGGCAGGCUAGUUGCCCAGGUCUGCUAGCCAACAUCACCAUGUUCAGCAAGAAGAAGAAGCGCAUUGAGAUCUCCGCCCCCUCCAACUUUGAGCACCGGGUCCACACGGGCUAUGACCAGCAGGAGCAGAAGUUCAUAGGGCUGCCGAGGCAAUGGCAGGGCAUCAUCGAGGAGUCGGCCAAGCGGCCGAAGCCGUUGGUGGAUCCAGUGUGCAUUACAGCCGUCCAGUCUGGCUCUCAGAAGACCAUCGUGCGGGGGAACAAGGCGGCCAAGGACGGCUCCCUGGCCUGGCUGCUGGAUGAGUUUGAGAACAUGUCCGUGUCGCGCUCCAACUCCCUGCGCAGGGACAGCCCCCCCUUCCCGCCUCGGCACGACCAGCUCUACCAGGAGAACGGCCUGAGCGAGGCCCUGGCUAGGCCCUCCCGCCACCACCACCACCAUCACUACCAUGCUGCCGUCGCCGAGGAAGACUCUGGGGGCAGCAGAGGCAAAGAGCUAAAGGAGCGGAACCGCCAUGGCUCCCGGAACGAGCUGGACCAGAGCCGGGAGAGGAGCCGGGAAGACAGGACAGCCACACAGCACCCCCGGGGGCAGGAGCCCACGGGCAAGCCUCACCACCGGCCGCCCCCUCCAGACUACCACAAGCCCUUCUCGGACCACAGGCACAGGCCGCACGAGCGAGACGGGAGGAGGGAGACGGCUGCUGAGAAGGAGCCGUCGGAGCGCGUGGUCAGAAGGGAGCGUGUGGACGGCCCCGACAAAAGACCCAAAUCGACCUACACCGGGGAGACCAGCCCACAGUCCCCCCGGGAAAAGCGGCCCCUUUCGGGACCCAAUAUCCGGACCCCAAAUAUCCCCAUCUCCGAGGGGGUCAUGAAAACGGCACAGCAGACCGGGCGGCCUUUUAACACGUACCCGCGAGCGGACACAGAUCCCGUCCGGGGUGCUCAGGCAGAGCACAGGCCCGGGAAACCCCAAGAAACAGCCUCCAACGGCCCCAUAAGUGGAAACAGCAGCUCCUCCAGGCCCCCACCAUCAGGCCCAACGAGAUCCCGGAACCCAGAGCUGCCCCACCCAGGACUCUCCCAGCACGCCUCGGACCCCCACUUGACGCACGUCCCGCCGCCCACCCACCAGCCGCCGUACUCUCAACAGCCCCCUCCCCAGCACCCGCCCCCGCAGCCCCCGGGCCCCCCUCCCCCGGCCCCGCAGCAGCCCCGCUCCCCGCAGCGCGAGCCCCAGCGGGUCUCCCACGAACAGUUCCGGGCCGCCUUGCAGAUGGUGGUGGACCCGGGCGACCCCAGGACCUACCUGGACAACUUCAUCAAGAUCGGGGAGGGGUCCACCGGCAUCGUCUGCAUCGCCACCAUCAAGAGCUCCGGGAAGCUGGUGGCCGUCAAGAAGAUGGACCUGCGCAAGCAGCAGCGGCGGGAGCUGCUCUUCAACGAGGUUGUGAUCAUGAGAGACUAUCAGCACGAGAAUGUGGUGGAGAUGUACAACAGCUACCUGGUGGGCGAUGAGCUAUGGGUCGUCAUGGAGUUCCUGGAAGGAGGCGCUUUGACGGACAUUGUCACACACACGAGGAUGAACGAGGAGCAGAUUGCGGCCGUCUGUCUGUCUGUCCUCAAGGCGCUCUCCGUCCUCCAUGCGCAGGGUGUCAUCCACCGAGAUAUCAAGAGUGACUCCAUUCUGCUCACACAUGAUGGCCGGGUCAAACUCUCUGACUUUGGGUUCUGUGCGCAAGUGAACAAGGAGGUUCCGCGGCGCAAGUCCCUGGUUGGCACCCCUUACUGGAUGGCUCCAGAGCUCAUCUCCCGGUUGCCCUAUGGGCCGGAGGUGGACAUCUGGUCCCUCGGCGUGAUGGUGAUAGAAAUGGUGGAUGGGGAGCCCCCUUAUUUCAACGAGCCCCCUUUGAAGGCCAUGAAGAUGAUCCGGGACAACCUGCCCCCCAAACUCAAAAACGUGCACAAGGUGUCUCCCUCCCUGAAGGGCUUCCUUGACCGCCUGCUGGUCAGGGACCCGGCCCAGCGAGCCACCGCCAACGAACUCUUGAAGCACCCCUUCCUGGGGAAAGCCGGCCCCCCUUCCUGCAUCGUGCCCCUGAUGAGGCAGAACCGGAUGAGAUGAAAGAGGCGGCAGAAACUGGACCAUCUUACCAAAGAGCGAGAGAGAGAAGACACCUCCGUCGUCCCUGGCCAACCCCCCACCCCACCCCAACGGCAGCUGGAACCCCUCCAGGGACAACGGGCACCCCGUGGCAUCUCCCUGCUGAAAGAGGGGGCUUCUCUUCCUUCCUCCGUGGCCAGGGAGACGUGUCACCUCCUCGUUCCACCCUCAGGCCAACCCUCCCUUGAGGGACUCCUCUACGUCCGCCACUGAUGCUGAAGACACAAGUCCCACGAACAAGUCCCACAUCCAGCGAGGAGGAAGACGCCCUCUCUGCGCCACUCUUCCGUACUACUGAGCUCAGAGCAGGGUUUAGAGCCCUGGAAGGGGGGGGGUUGCUUUUUUUAACAAAAGACUGUAACAAUUCCCGAUUGCUGUUUAGCCGUUCAUAUCACACAAGUCUGGGGCAGCGGCGAUUUGGGUGGGUAGGGGAGAGCUCGAAACGCAACCCCUCUCCGGUCCGUGGUUUCCGAGACCCCUCUCUCGUUCUUCUUGGUAGCACGUCUUUCCUCCCAGAUAGCCAGAGGACAGAGGUGGCGGGGGCCAUUGGCAAGGAGUGUCCCAGAGAGGGGGGGCAGGGAAGCCCCUCUCCCCACAGUCCGGUCAGAUUUCUGGGGACUUCAGCUGAGCCAAGGUUGCCUCUCCCCCUCCCUGAAGAAUCCUCUCCCUGCCCCCCAAGAGCCAAACCUGCCUCGGAUUUUCAAACUGGGGAGAAACACUGCGUCUCUUGGUAUUGGAGAGGAAGGGAAGGAAGCGAGGUGGGUUUUCUCAGGGGCUCCCAUCUCAGGCAAAUGAGACUCUCAGCUCUGCAAAGCAGUCCUUUUUUUUAGAAAAGAAAAACCCUCCGUAAUUUCCUCCGUGCUCUUAACUGCCAGUUAGAGAGUUUCAGGCCCUCUUCCCAAAUCGAGAUGGCCGCUUCCACCUACCCAGCCCAGUUCUCUCGUUUUUAAAAUGGUCCCGAUUCACAGGGGUUGUGUCCUUCCUGAGCUCCUUCCCCAACCCACGUCUCCCGCUGCUCAGGCAGGAACGGCAGUCGUCACGGGGGAUCCAGACCCGGGAAGGCUGCUUUUAAUCUCAAGCCUGCCUCUUCCUCCCUGGUCUCUGCGCCUCUUGUCGCCGCUUGGCCAGGAUGGAGCUGCCCUGGCCCCUCUCCCCCCCCCGUCUUGUCUUCUCUUUCCCUUUUGCUCUUUCUCCCCGCCUGACGUUGCCGUGCUGAGCUUGCUUCCUGCCUUCGAUAGUGGCAGCCGUUGCCCCUCCGCUUGCUCUUGCGCUUUGUACUCCCCACCCCAGGCAAAACUGCGAUGAGCAAGUUUCUUCGGCCUGGAGGGCAGGCUGGAUUUAUGGAAGUCCCCCUUGUGGGCUUUGUUCUGAUCUUGGUUUAGGGUGUGCCAAGAACAGGCCUUUUUUUUUUUUGUCCUGUCUCGUAGCGGGGAGGCUUCCUCUGGACUUCUCCUUUGUGGCUGGUGACGCACAGCUUGGAGGGUGACUUCGUCUGCCACUCGCAAUGUCAGAAGUGUGACGUGGGGCUCCUGGGGUCGGGCAGCCGCGCGCCUCUUGGUGUUGCUCACCAGACCUGGAAACCUGCAAACCUUGAGCAUAGCCUAGGAAGCAGUGUUAGGCAGGAAGAAAAGGGAGCAGGAAGAGCAGAUGAGCUUCCCGGGCGUUUCUCUGUGAGACUGAACCCGUCCGUGGUUGCGAUGCUCUGUCGCUUUGCUCCCCUCCGGCUGAACAAGGAUACCAGCAACAGGGCCUCUCCUGUCAUUGCCCCCCACCCCAGCUUAAUGCUAGGCUGGGGGUCGAGUAGAUAGGGAGAUCACUGCUUCUACGUUCCUAGUCUUUAAAACAGAGGCCAGUAUGAGCUUGCAAAGUGGCAAUUCCCUAAGCUCUUGCAGUGUUGGCUUUUUUGGGGGGGUCUGCCUUGCCAGUUUUUAGGAAGCAGCAGCAAAGGCCAUAGGCCGCCCCCUUGGCUCCCGACAUGCCCCUGUGUGCCGUCUUGUGGCAUGGGCAAGGCAGGAAUGUCGGGCAGGACAGCAGCUUGAGAGAUGAAGGCUGCCGGGUUUGCUAGCCCUGGGUUGGAUCAGAAGCUCAGGUCCGUCCUUUCCUCUGGGUUGGAGAGGGCUUGAGCCCCCCGUGGCAGGAGAGUGGGGAAGGGUGUGGCAUUUGCAGCGCUUUCUGGAAAGAAGGCUUGCUUGGGGGCCCAGGAGACACCGGGAGUCCCCUGGUGUGAGGGGAGGGGAGCAGGCAGAGGUCCCUCCCCUUUGUAAACUAGGCGCAGCUGCCUUGAGGAACAGAGCCGGCCUCCAGAGGUCUGCACCCCCCUCCUUGCCACACAAGGCACCCCCCUCCUUGCAUGCUUGUACAUACAGGAUGGGCUUUUCUGCAUGCAGAGUUACAGGGGAAGGGUUUUGCGGGGUUUUCUUCUUCAAGAGUUUGGGGGACUCUCUUGCUUCCUGGUUUUAGGUUCUUACGGGUAUAGGUUAUGCAUCACAUUUGCCCUGGAAACGCUUUUCGGGGGCGGGAAGGAAGCACCCCGCUUUCUGACGCCCCUCCUAGGGCUCAAAGGGCAAAUAUUUCUCACGUGCCCCUCCACGAAACCAGGAUCCGCCUGUUGCUGCUUUUGCCGCUCUCCUGGCAAAUUUGCUGUCAGUUGCAACCACUCUAAGGGGGAAAACCCAGGUGUUUGGUUUUUAAAAUCCUGUGGGUUCCACUCCUCAUCUCCACUGGCAUUAGCCAGGUGCAAACUGGCAUAUUUUAGGAGGGAUUUGCAGGUGAGAAAGAGCCAGCCUUGGUCCACGCAGGGUCCUGGACUGAGCCCCUUCCCACUGAUGCUGUUGGCCUGCAAUGCAGCUAUUCCGCAGGACAUCCGCUUGACCUGUUUGCUUCCUGCUUCUGGUGCUUUUCUUCUCAAAACUGGACAGUGUUUCAUCUCUUCCAAUCUCUAGAGGAACCCUUGCUUGCUACCCAGCUAACCUGGACCUCCCUUCCUAGCGCACCUGGCUUUUGCCUGCAGGCAAAGGCUUCACCCAGCGCUGCAUUUGUGGAUCCGCUCUGUUCUGCAACAAAGCCUAGGGGCUUUCCUGGAAGGCUUUCUCGGCUUUGAACCUCAGAACAGGCUGGUCUUCGAGGGCCUAGCAACCACUCAAGCUGCUUCCUGCAGCCAGGACCUGACUCCCCAGCCCUCGUGACUUGGCAUCACCGCUCCAACCCGUUUCCAAGAAGCUGGGUUGUCCCACCUCCGGGAACAAUUCUUUUUGUAACUCUAUAUACUGCAGCUUUAAAUCUGAGCCACCCCACGGACCGUUCAUCUCCUGGUAGCUUGCUGACAAAUGGAAGGAGGUGACAGCCCUAGAAUCUCUGGCUCCUGAGUGCUCACCUCCCCUCUUCUCACAGCCGUCUGCUGCCUCCGCUCUAGGAAUUGCUUUCCCCCAUGCACACAGGGGGAAAAGAAACUAUUUUUUUAUGGCACUAACACAGAUGCACAAACACUACACUUUCCCUGCAGGGGGAAAGACUUCAAAUCUCAACCUUUCAAGGUGGAGGGUGAUAAACUCUCAGCCUUCCCAAAUCCCACAUAACACUAUAUCUUCCCCCCCAGUUUCCUGAGAUGCAGGACUGGAAUUUUAACCACAGGCCCUGGCAGAGAAGCCUCGCCCUGUCCCACAGAACUGGCCCCAGAGCCACUCCCUCGUUCCUCCCCCCCCCCCAAUAUCCUGCCUCCUUGUAGCUUGAAGAUUUUUAUAUGACUGGAGGUUUAGGAAUGGGGGUCUUGCUUCCCUCCCUGUGAGAAUGACUACUGAUUCAUUUCUGUGGGUUUUUGUUACUUUUUUAAAAAGAGAAGUUAUUUAUAUUGCAUUUUUUUAAAAACACACAACAGUAUUUUGCGUUGGGAUGAUUCCCCCCCCCAACCCCUUUGGAUCUGUUGUUUCAGACAGACUGCUGUGACAAAUUCCAGUAAGACGUUCUCGCCAUGAGUUGUAUUGUAUAAAGAACCUGGAUUCUUCAUGUGA